UUGAUGAGUUGCGAACUUGCGAAUAGUUUAGCGAAUAGAUAAUAAUUAAUGCAAUUAAUGUUAAGUAAAUAAAUAUUGAGGACAAACUCACGAAGUAACAAAACAUUCAAACUUAAAUCAGUAUUAUGAUACGCGUAUGUAUAUUUAGAGAUAGAACAGAGAAAGAUGGCAUUGUUUUGUGCGUCGAAGACAAUAUGGAAAGCUUCAAGCUGCAGAUAUCUUCGCGAUUUAAUCUAUCAGAGAAAAACUUUAGAUUAUAUUUAGUAAACGGCUGUGAAGUAGCAGACUUGAAAAGUUUGAGAGAUGAGGAUAAGAUAUACUUGUCUUCAGACUGCAAUGAUGCUAGUAAUAAGUGCGAGGAAUUAGAAGAGUCGCAACAGAGUUUGAAUGCAAGGGACAGAACAGUGUCUGACUGGAUAAGGCUAAAUGUAGGAGGAAAACUGUUUAUGACUUCACGGUCCACUUUAUUGGUCAAAGAGCCAUUAUCAAUGCUUGCACGGAUGUUUGCUGAUGAUAAUAAUCUAUAUCUCAUGAAUCCCAGUGCUAUAGAUGAAACUGGAGCCUAUUUGAUAGAUAGAAGCCCAGAAUAUUUUGAGCCUAUUCUUAACUAUCUUCGACAUGGGCAAGUGAUUCUUGAUAAAAAUAUUAAUCCACAAGGAGUAUUGGAAGAAGCUAUCUUUUAUGGCAUAGACUCCAUGAUACCACAGCUAAACCAACUUGUGGAGCAGUCAAAAAGCAGACAUGACAACAACCAGUCGCUAACCAGAAUGGAUGUGGUACGCUUAAUAAUUACCACUCCAACUAGUUCAGAAUUAAGAUUUCAGGGGGUCAAUCUAUCUGGGGCAGAUUUAAAUAGAUUAGACCUUAGGAAUAUUAAUUUUAAAUAUGCAUGUCUAUCAAGAUGCAAUUUAAGUGGAGCGAACUUGUCCCACUGUUGUUUGGAGCGAGCUGAUUUGUCACACGCUAACUUGGAAGGGGCACACCUCUUGGGGGUUAAAGCAUUGUGUGCUAAUAUGGAAGGUGCUAUUUUAAAAGGAUGCAAUAUGGAAGAUCCAGCUGGCUCAAGAGCUGUUAUGGAAGGGGUUAAUUUAAAAGGUGCAAAUUUGGAAGGCAGUAACAUGGCAGGUGUAAACCUACGUGUGGCAACUCUGAAGAAUGCCAACCUUCAAAAUUGUGAUCUCAGAGCUGCGGUUUUGGCGGGAGCUGAUUUGGAGUGUUGCGAUUUAUCGGGAAGUGAUUUACAUGAAGCAAAUCUUCGAGGAGCGAACUUAAAAGAUGCGGCCUUUGAACUUAUGUUGACUCCACUACACAUGUCUCAAACUAUACGUUAAUUGGCGGAGUUACUUAUUUAUUAUUAAUUUUAUUUGUUAAUUAAAAUUUUGUGAUAUUAUUUAUGAAAAUAUUGAAAAUAUUAUUAAGAUAUAAAUGAAUU